AUGUCCACCUCCAAAACCUUGGAUAAACCCUUCCAAGGAUAUGAAGCAGCUAGUAGCCAAGUUCAGAAUGGUUUUGCUCUAAUCCAACGUAACCCAUCACCAUCUCAACCUGGUGAAAGAAGAGGCAGAAGGAAGCAAGCUGAGCCAGGAAGGUUUCUUGGAGUUAGGAGGAGGCCAUGGGGUAGAUAUGCUGCUGAAAUUAGAGACCCAACAACUAAAGAAAGACACUGGCUUGGCACAUUUGACACUGCUCAAGAAGCAGCUCUUGCUUAUGACAGAGCUGCCUUAUCCAUGAAAGGCACACAAGCAAGAACCAACUUCAUAUACUCUGACAACACUACCUUCCACUCUCUUCUGACUUCAUUUGAUGUUCAAGCAGUCGUACCAACAUCUUCACAGUUCCUCACUACUAGUACUACUACUACUCACACCAAACAACCCACCAAUAUUCAUCAGAGUAGUACUCCACCGAAGCUUAACAAUUUUACUCAUAGUGAGAGUGAGACCUCUACCCAAUUGAAUAACAACACGUGGGCAGAUACAGAAACUUCAUAUGGGGUAGGGGUAGCAGAUGAUAAUAGCUUCUUCUUUUCUAAUGAGUCUAACUCAGGCUAUUUGGGAUGCAUAGUUCCUGACAAUUGCUUGAGACCUUCUUCAAAUCCCACCUCUACAAACUCCAAAUAUAGCAACUUCACUACUUCAAAUGACUCAGUCAACACAAAUUCCAUUGAAAUUCAAUCACAUUGUGACAGUCAUACACUUCCUUUUGACUUAGUGAAUGUGCCAGCUGCUGCUGCAACAGCCUCAAAUUACCCUGGAGAUUUUUCUUGCCUUGAUGAACUCAAUCACGGUUUUUGGGAUAUUCACCAGUCAUGGGAGUCAAAUUCCAGUGAACUUUCAGCCAUGGUCAACAACCCAUUGAUGGUGGAAGAUGGGUGCAUGGGAGCUUUGUAUCCAAUCAUUGACAAUCCAAGCUAUGGGCUAAUAAUGCCUCAGGCUGUAGCUUCUUCAACCACUUGCUCUCCAUCAGUUUCUCCUUACAGUGAUGUAGUUGACUUGGGCUAUUCACUCUUCUGAGUUCUGGUUCGUUAUGUUAGUCA